AAUUUAGUUGGUACGAAUUGCGUAAAUAGCCCGGAUGUGCAGACGAAGGAAGAUGUCGUGAUUUUUUUAAUAAGCAAUUUCUUUCUUGUGCUUAUAAUAGUUUUAAGUAACAAUAUGGAGAGGGAAACUGACUGUAAAGGAGAUGCUACAAGUUCUGGUCCAGCUUUUAGCAGAGCAGACAAAAUGAGGUUCAGUACUUUGACAUAUGAGAUCAUAGAGGAGCUAAAAAUGAGAAGAGAACUGGCUGUAGAGAAUGAAAAGAAAAUAGAAAAACUGAUCAAUGAGAGAUACAACAUGGGGUGGAAACUGGAUCAAGAAUCUGGUAAGGUGGCUAACCUUGGUGAGAGGCACGAGGUUGAGUUGAGGGAGACAAGGAGGCAACUAGAGGAGAAGAUGAGGGACUAUCAAGUAGAGGCUUCUCAACAGCAGGUGUAUAGAAAGAUGGCAGAGAAAGAGAAAGAUGCCCUGAAGGAUGAAAUUAGAAGACUUCAAUUAGCUAACUAUUCAUUAGAGAAGAAGGUGAGAGAGUCGGAGCGUCAGGAGAAGAUCCAGGCUAACGAGAGGGAGCAACAUAUUUGCCAGGUGUCCAGGUUCGAGUCUCAGCUAGGUCAACUGGAUAUCCUAAUGAAACAGUUAACAUCGAAACAAGAUCAACUUGAUGCAGACUGUGAGUUAUUUAGUUGUUUAUUUGAAAGGUUUGGUGUAAACUGGGUGACCCGUAAGUUUACCUAACUUAAUUGG